GUAUCUAAGGAGGCUGACAGGAGUUUGAUGGUCUCUCUUGCAGCCAGUGGCAGCUAAUGUGGUCUGAAACCCUCUCUUUCUUUUUUGCCAUUCACACACAGUACUUACUCUUCAAGCCUGCUGCUGCUGCCACUGCCUGAAAGGACCUGAAAUACCACACAGGGAAUUUUGAUUUCUUCUGGGGAACCAGGGAAGGAAAAAAAAAAAAGGAAAGGCAGGAAAACUCAUCUGGAGAUUGUGAAGAAGACAUACAGUAAUAGCAAGAAGUGGCAAGCUCUUUCCUUCUUGAACACCGAAAAACACCUCAUUUGUCUGCCAGGUGUAUGGGACUUAGCUUCUGGAAGCACUGCACUGAACUGUUAAAGGUAAACUAUGACCACUUUACUAUUAGUGUUUGUGUGUUUGCGAGUCAUCACUGCAGCCACCGCUGUGGAGCUCUCAGACAGAAGUGAUGGCCUGGAAGUCAAGAUACCUGAGCAGUCUCCCCUGCUUGUUGUCCUGGGAAGCUCCCUGAACAUCCCCUGUUACUUCAACAUCCCAGAGGAACAGGACACCAGUGCUCUGCUGACCCCACGGAUCAAAUGGAGCAAGCUCUCAAACGGCACCGAAGUUGUCUUGCUAGUGGCCACCGGUGGGAAAAUCCGGCUCAACACCGAAUACAGGGAGGCGAUCUCUUUGCCCAAUUACCCUGCCAUCCCCACUGAUGCCACUUUGGAAAUCAAGGCGCUGAGAUCCAACCACACUGGGAUUUAUCGCUGUGAAGUGAUGUACGGGAUUGAGGACAGACAAGACUCAAUAGAGGUCCUAGUGAAAGGCAUCGUAUUCCACUACAGAGCAAUCUCCACAAGGUACACCUUGAACUUCGAGAAAGCAAAGCAGGCCUGUAUCCAGAACAGUGCUGUCAUUGCUACUCCGGAGCAGCUGCAAGCUGCCUAUGAGGAUGGGUACGAGCAGUGUGAUGCUGGCUGGCUGGCUGAUCAGACUGUCAGGUACCCCAUCCACUGGCCCCGGGAGCGCUGCUAUGGCGACAAGGAUGAAUUUCCAGGAGUGAGGACCUACGGUGUCCGUGAGCCAGAUGAAACUUACGAUGUUUACUGCUAUGCAGAGCAAAUGCAAGGUGAAGUCUUCUAUGCCACCGCCCCCGAGAAGUUCACCUUCCAAGAAGCUUUUGACAAAUGCCGCAGCUUGGGAGCUCGUUUGGCUACCACGGGAGAGCUGUACCUGGCCUGGAAGGACGGCAUGGACAUGUGCAGCGCGGGCUGGCUGGCUGAUCGCAGCGUCCGCUACCCCAUUUCCAGAGCACGGCCCAACUGCGGAGGAAACCUGGUGGGCGUGCGGACAGUGUACCUGUACGUCAACCAGACGGGGUACCCUCACCCCGACUCUCGCUACGAUGCCAUCUGCUAUAGUGGGGAGGAUGUUGAGACUUUGGUCCCAGGGCAGUUCAUCGACGAGACGGGAAGCGAGCUGGGCAGCGCUUUCACUGUCCAGACCGUCACCCAGACAGAAGUGGAGCUACCUCUGCCACGCAAUGCCACGGAGGAGGAGGCCCGCGGCAGCAUCGCCACCCUGGAGCCCAUUGAGAUCACCUCCACUGCCACAGAGCUGUAUGAGGGCUUCACUGUCCUGCCCGAUCUCUUUGCCACCGGUGUCACAGUAGAGACAACUGCCCCAGAGGAGGAGAACAUGACCAGGGGGGAUGUCACAGCAGUGUGGGCUGUACCUGAAGAGGUCACCACCAUAGCCUUAGACACUGCCAUCACCACCGAAACAGCAGAGGUGAGCUCAGUGGAAGAGGUCGUGGGGGUGACUGCCACACCAGGACUAGAGUCUGCUUCAGCAUUCACAGUGGAAGAUCAGCUUGUGCGAGCAACGGCAGCCCCCGGUGUUGGUCUCCUCCCUGAGCAGCCCAUCUCCCCCACGGGUGUGGUGUUUCACUACCGUGCCGCCACCAGUAGAUACGCCUUCUCCUUUGUCCAAGCCCAGCAGGCUUGCCUGGAGAACAGCGCAGUUAUAGCCACUCCGGAACAGCUCCAGGCUGCCUACGAGGCUGGCUUUGACCAGUGCGAUGCCGGCUGGCUGCGGGACCAGACAGUCAGGUAUCCCAUUGUGACUCCCCGAAGUAACUGCAUAGGAGACAAACAGGGCUCUCCAGGUGUGCGGUCGUACGGCAUGCGGCCAGCCUCGGAGACCUACGAUGUGUACUGCUACAUCAACAGGCUCAAGGGCGAGGUGUUCUUCGCAACCCAGCCAGAGCAGUUCACCUUCCCAGAAGCUCAGCAGUACUGUGAGACCCAAAACGCCACACUGGCCUCUGUUGGCCAACUCCACGCCGCCUGGAAGCAGGGCCUGGACAGAUGCUACGCUGGCUGGUUAGCCGACGGCAGCCUCCGCUAUCCCAUCGUGAGCCCCCGUCCCGCCUGCGGGGGGGAUGCGCCUGGCGUGAGAACCGUCUAUCAGCACCACAACCAGACAGGCUUCCCCGACCCACUGUCCCGGCACCAUGCCUUCUGCUUCAGAGCUCUGCCACCUGUGGAAGAGGAGGGGGUUACCUCAUUCUUUGAAGAAGAUGUGCUGGCAACCCAGUUAAUCCCUGGAGUGGAGGGGGUACCCUCCGGGGAGGAGGUGACCGCAGAGACAGAGUUUGCCACUCAACCUGAGAAUCAGACAGCCUGGGGGACAGAGGUCUUUCCAACCGAUGUGUUGCUGCUCUCAGUGAGUCCAUCUGCUUUUCCUCCAGCUACCGUAAUACCAGAGGAAACAAGUACCGAUGCUUCUGUCAGCGAAGUGUCAGGGGAGGUGAUUGAAUCUGGAGAACAUCAAGUCAGUGGUGAAUCUUCAGCAUCUGGGUGGGUAUCUGGAGUCCCGGAUACAAGUGAAGAACCAUCUUCUGGAGUUUUUGAAGUUAGUGGAGAACACUCAGGGAUCGGAGAAAGUGGAUUACCAUCGGUAGACCUGCAUACCAGUGGCUUUCUACCUGGAGAAAGUGGGCUACCCUCAGGGGACCUGAGUGGUGUGCCUUCUGGCACUGCUGAUAUCAGUGGCUUACCUUCUGCAGAAGAAGACAUAUUGGUGUCUACUUCGAGGAUACCAGAAAUUAGUGGGAUGCCAUCUGGAGUGGAAAGCAGUGGGCUGCCUUCUGGAUUUAGCGGAGAAAUCUCUGGCACAGAGCUAGUCAGUGGCGUGUCAUCUGGAGAGGAAAGUGGACUUGCCUCUGGUUUUCCCACCGUCUCUCUUGUGGAUACCACAUUGGUGGAAGUUGUAACAGCAGCACCAGAACGGCGAGAGGAGGGAAAAGGAUCCAUCGGAGUCAGCAGUGAAGGAGAUCUGUCAAGUUUCCCAUCUACAGAGUGGGACACCAGUGGCCGAGCCCAAGGCUUACCCUCAGGAGCUGAGCUCAGUGGGGAGCCCUCCGGGGGGGCUGAGCUCAGCGGGGAGCCUUCUGGGGUACCUGAGCUCAGCGGGUUGCCCUCAGGGCUGGAUGUCAGUGGAGAACCAUCUGGAACACAUGAGGUCAGUGGCCUGGUGGACCUAAGUGGCCUUGCUUCUGGUAUCGAUGGAAGUGGUGAGGCCUCAGGCAUUACCUUUGUAGACACCCAUUUGGAGGAAGUGACCUCAACCCCCACAGUUACAGGAGCAGAAGCAAAAGAGAUUUUGGAAAUCAGUGGAUUGCCUUCAGGAGGCGAAGAUGCAUCAGGUGUAGUAUCUGGGAGUUUAGAUGUCAGUGGGGAGUCUUCCGGGCAUGUAGACUUUGGUGGGAGUGUUUCUGGAGUGCUUGAGAUGAGCGGACAUCUGAGUGGAAUGAUUGACAGCAGUGGAGAAGUCUCUGGAGUUGAUGUCACCAGUGGUCUACUGUCUGGAGAGGAAAGUGGACUCACCUCUGGCUUUCCCACAGUCUCUCUCAUGGAUACCACUUUGGUGGAAGUUGUAACACAGACCUCAGUUGCACAAGAGGUGGGAGAAGGAACAUCGGGGAUGAUAGAAAUCAGUGGAUUUCCUUCUGGAGACAGAGGGCUAUCUGGAGAAGGGUCUGGAGCCAUGGAGAUCAGUGGGUUUCCCUCAGGGACAGGAGACUUCAGUGGAGAGCCAUCUGGGAUCCCAUACAUCAGCGGAGACAUUUCUGGAGCCACAGAUCUAAGUGGACAAUCUUCAGCAGUGACUGAUAUUAGUGGGGAGGCCUCAGGGCUUCCAGAAGUCACUUUAGUCACUUCUCAUUUAGUAGAAGUUGUGACAAGACCAACAGUAUCACAGGAACUGGGUGGGGAAACAGCUGUCACAUUUCCUUACAGUUUUGGGCCGAGUGUUGAGGCCUCUGCAUCUGGCGAACUAAGUGGGGAAACAUCUGCAUUGCCAGAAAGUGGUACAGAAACAUCAACAGCUUAUGAAAUCAGUGGAGAAACAUCUGCAUUUCCUGAAACUAGUAUAGAGACAUCCACGAUUCAGGAAAUCAGUGGAGAAACAUCUGCAUUUCCUGAAACUAGUAUAGAGACAUCCACGAUUCAGGAAAUCAGUGGAGAAACAUCUGCAUUUCCUGAAACUAGUGUAGAAACAUCCACAAUUCAUGAUAUCAGUGGGGAGACAUCUGGCUAUCCUGAAUUUAGCGUAGAAACUUCUACAGUCCACGAAAUUAGUGGAGAAACAUCUGCAUUUCCUGAAAUUAGAAUAGAAACAUCCACCAGUCAAGAAGCCAGGGGUGAAACAUCUGGCUACCCUGAAAUUAUCAUAGAAACAUCCACAGUUCAAGAAGUAAGUGGGGAAACCUCUGCAUUUGCUGAAAGUAGCACAGAAACAUCCACGAUACAAGAAAUCAGUGGGGAAACAUCUGCAUUUCCUGAAAUUAGAAUAGAAACAUCCACAAGUCAAGACAUCAGUGGGGAAACAUCUGCAUUUCCUGAAAUUAGAAUAGAAACAUUCACAAGUCAAGAGGCCAGGGGUGAAACAUCUGGCUAUCCUGAAAUUAGCAUAGAAGCAUCCACGGUCCUUGAAACCAGUGGAGAAAGUUCUGCAUUUCCUGAAAUUAGCAUAGAAACUUCCACAGUGCGUGAAAUUAGUGGAGAAAGUUCUGCAUUUCCUGAAAUUAGAAUAGAAACAUCCACAAAUCAAGAAGCCAGGGGUGAAACAUCUGGCUAUCCCAAAAUUAGCAUAGAAACAUCCACAGUCCACGAAACCAGUGGGGAAACAUCUGCAUUUCCUGAAAUUAGCAUAGAAACUUCUACAGUCCACGAAAUCAGUGGAGAAACAUCUGCAUUUCCUGAAAUCAGGAUAGAAACACCAACAAGUCAAGAAGCCAGGGGUGAAACAUCUGCCUAUCCCGAAAUUAUCAUAGAAACAUCCACAGUUCAAGAAGUAAGUGGGGAAACCUCUGCAUUUCCUGAAAUUAGAAUAGAAACGUCCACAAGUCAAGAAGCCCAGGGUGAGAUAUCUGCAUUUCCUGAGACUAGCAUAGAAACAUCCACUGUCCACGAAACCAGUGGGGAAACAUCUGCAUUUCCUGAAAUCAGCAUAGAAACAUCCACAGCCCACCAAAUCAGUGGAGAAGCAUCCACAUUGCCUGCUGCUAACAUCGAAACAGCUGCCACAUCUUUGGCCAGUGGUGAGCCUUCUGGUGCUCCCCAGGAGAAGGAAGUUCCUGAUGCCACAUCUGGAGCUGUGACAAACUCAAUCGUAGGCAUUUCAGGAGAAACCUCUGUCCCAGACAUUGUAAUUAGUACCAGUACUCCAGAUGCUGAACCAACACAGGGACCCAAGAACCUUGAAAAGGCUCAGCUGGAAACAGAGCCCUCCCCUCCCGCAGUGUCAGGACAGGAGACGGAGACAGCUGUCAUUCUAGACAAUCCCCAUCUGCUGGCCACUGCUACUGCUGCCCUGCCUCAAGUCUCACAAGAAGCAAUAGAUGCAUUAGGACCCACUACAGAAGACACUGAUGAGUGCCACUCAAGCCCCUGUCUGAAUGGAGCUACCUGCGUUGAUGGCAUCGACUCUUUCAAAUGCUUAUGCCUUCCCAGCUACGGAGGGGACCUGUGUGAGAUCGACCUGGAAAACUGUGAGGAAGGCUGGACCAAGUUCCAGGGCCACUGCUACAGGCACUUUGAAGAGAGGGAGACUUGGAUGGAUGCAGAGACCAGAUGCCGACAACAUCAAGCCCACCUGAGCAGUAUCAUCACCCCAGAGGAGCAAGAAUUUGUGAACAGCCAUGCACAGGACUACCAGUGGAUCGGCCUCAGUGACAGAACUGUCGAGAACGACUUCCGCUGGUCCGACGGACACCCCCUGCAAUUUGAGAACUGGCGGCCCAACCAACCCGAUAACUUCUUCGCGGCGGGUGAGGACUGCGUUGUGAUGAUCUGGCAUGAGCAAGGCGAAUGGAAUGACGUUCCCUGCAACUAUCACCUCCCUUUCACUUGCAAGAAAGGAACAGUGGCCUGUGGGGACCCCCCCGUGGUGGAGAACGCCAGGACCUUCGGUCGGAAGAAAGAUCGCUACGAAAUAAACUCCAUGGUGCGGUACCAGUGCAACCAAGGCUACAUCCAGCGCCACGUGCCCACGAUUCGGUGCCAGCCCAACGGGCAGUGGGAGGAGCCACGGAUAUCCUGCACAAACCCCUCCAACUACCAACGCAGGCUAUACAAGAGGAGCCCCAGGAGCCAGUCAAGACCCAGUGGUAGAGCCAUGCACAGACCCACCCAUUAGAGCGGGGCGAGAGAGACCAAGGGGGAAAGUGAGAAAAAGAGAUUUUUAAUGGAACAGUUAUAUUAACAGAGUCAAUUUCUUCUUCUUCUUGUUGCUUUUUUGUCAUAUAAGGAAAAAAAAUUAUAUUAAAAACAAACCCACCUUUGUGUAUAUAUAUAAAAAAAAAAUUAAUGUUUUCCAAGCACCAAAGCAAAGCGAAUUAGAUCUCAGCAUUUUUACUAACCGUCCGGUUCCAAUUAUCUUCAUG